AUGGCGACUAACCUGCCUGACCCGACGUCCGUGGUGAAACUGCUCAAGAAGAACAGCAUCACCAUGGUGAGGAUCUACGACACUGACCCGACGGUGCUGCGCUCGCUGGCCAGCACCGGCAUCAAUGUCACGGUGGAGCUAACCAACGAGGAGCUGCCCUCCGCUGCCGCGGACCAAAAUUUCGCUGAUCAAUGGGUGCAGAACAAUGUGAAGGCCUACUACCCGGCCACGCAGAUCAACGGCGUGACGAUCGGGAACGAGGUCUUCAAAGAGGCUAGUCAGCUCAACUCUCAGCUCGUCCCGGCCAUGAAGAAGGUGCAAGCGGCGCUGGCUCGCCUGGGCCUGGCGGACGCCGUGAAGGUGACCACGCCCAUCGCGUUCGACGCUCUCAAGAUGUCGUUCCCGCCGUCCGAGGGCGCGUUCCGUGACGACAUCGCCUUGUCGGUGAUGAGCCCCAUGGUCGACUUCUUGCAGGAAACCGGGUCGUACCUCAUGAUGAAUAUCUACCCGUACCUUGCGUACCUGAGCACUCCCGGCAUGUCCAUCGACUAUCUCUUGUUCCGCCCCAACGCUGGCAUUCUUGACAAGAAUAGCAAGCAAACGUACUUCAGCCUCCUCGACGCGCAGCUUGACGCUGUGUACUAUGCGAUGGAGAAGCUGCCGUCCUCCAGCCUGCGUGCUGGAGGGAUGAGGAAGCUCACAGCAGGGGGCGGAAUACUGGAGGUGAAGCUUGGUGAGAGUCACCACCCAACCAGAGGCCACCAUGGCGUGGGAACAACAGCCAACGCCCAAGCAUUCACCGAUGGUCUCAUGAGCAAAGUGCGUGGCGGUAACUCCGGCACCACCUCAAACAGAUAUAACCGGCUCGCCACCAGUGCUGUCGGCACCCCGCACCGUCCCAACGCCGAUCUUGACGUGUACAUCUUCGAACUCUUCAACGAGGACAACAAGCCCGAAGACGAGCAGGACUUUGGGUUGUUCUACCCGAACCAGCAGCCCGUGUAUCAAGUCGACUUUGUCCAUGGUGCCGGCCCCGUGCAACCGAGCUACUGUGCCGCGAAGGCCACGGCCGGGGACGCGGCCUUGCAGGCUGCGCUGGACUACGCGUGCGGCCACGGGGCGGACUGCAGCGCCAUCCAGCCAGGCAAGCCCUGCUACGAGCCCAACACCAAGCUCGCGCACGCGUCCUACGCCUUCAACGACUACUACCAGAAGAACGGCCAGGCCAGCAGCGCGUGCGACUUCAGUGGUGCUGCCACCAUUGUCAACCAGGCACCAUCAGGCCGGUGCGACCCGAGCCCGAGCUGGUGUGUGGCGAACGCGGCGGUGGGCGCCGCGCGGCUGCAGAAUGCACUGGACUACGCCUGCGGCCACGGCGCGGACUGCACGGACAUCCAACCCGGAGCACGGUGCUUCGAUCCCGACACCAAGGUCGCGCAUGCGUCUUUCGCGUUCAAUGACUAUUACCAGCGCCAUGGCCGGGGCGCCGGAACGUGCGCCUUCGCCGGUGCCGCUACCAUUGUCCGGCAGGCACCAAGUGGCCCCUUUGACCGAAACAGGACGCUUGCCUCGAUUCAGAUCGGCCCGCCAAUGGCGUCGACGGCGGCUUUCGAGAAGGGUUGCCGGAUGCCGGAGGAGGCAGAGGCCGAUGCGCUACUGGUACAGAAGGUGGGCGUGCUGCCCUCCGGGUUCCACGACGCCUUCGUGCUCCGCUACAUCCGCGUCCACGCGUCUGGCCCAGCCGCCUCCUCUGCCACUUCACCGUCACCACCCGCCUCCUCGUGA